AAAAAAAAAAAAAAAAAAAAAAAAAAAAAAGUUGCUCUGCCCAAAGCCUCGUAAACGAAAGGUACAACAAGUAAUUGCCAUGAAUUCUGCUUGGAAAAACAACAUGUUAUCGAAUGCGGCUAUUCUAUUAAAUGUAACCCUCAUUUACCAGAAGAAUGGUCUUUCCAUGUUGAUACCAGCAAUGAAAUGCUAGCAACACCAUUACAGACCUGCAGAAAAUAUGCUAGCAGUGUUUUAGUUGCUAUAAAAACUAAUGACUUGGAUGUGGUUGAGAAGAGCGUCUUGGAUUGUAAGGAAGUAGCAGACAAGACAGAAAAUGAAGAGAACUUCAUUUUUACAAAACAAUUUUUCAAGUUAUGUUUAUGGCUCUACAGAAAACCAAAUUUGUAUCAGCAGCUUUCAUCCUGUGGAACAGGCUUCAAUCACGCUUUUGUGUGGCCAGUUAUUCAAUUUGCUAUGAAAAAUAUCAAGCAAUAUAACUUGAAGUUUAUGCCUGCUGGGUAUUGCUUGAAGGCAUCAAAAGAGCUAUAUCAAGAGGAAGGACAAAGGGUCGGGUUCGGUCAAAGGCAUUUGCAAUCGUCGAUGCAUAUGUAGGCAUCAUAUAGCAUGGGAUCUU